CAUGCGGGAGUACAAGGUGGUGGUGCUGGGCUCGGGCGGCGUGGGCAAGUCCGCCCUUACCGUGCAGUUCGUGACCGGCUCGUUCAUCGAGAAGUAUGACCCCACCAUCGAGGACUUCUACCGCAAGGAGAUCGAGGUGGACUCGUCCCCGUCCGUGCUGGAGAUCCUGGACACGGCGGGCACCGAGCAGUUCGCCUCCAUGCGGGACCUCUACAUCAAGAACGGGCAGGGCUUCAUCCUGGUGUACAGCCUGGUGAACCAGCAGAGCUUCCAGGACAUCAAGCCCAUGCGGGACCAGAUCAUCCGCGUCAAGAGGUUUUUGCCUGUGUUCAGGCCCUGGCCCAGUGUGAUGCCAAGCUGUGAGAAGAAGGCUGUGCUCAGAGGCAGCUUUAAGCAGAGGGGCUGGGGUGGGAGGAGACCUGUGCCUCCCAUCAGCUGGAAGAUCCAAGGAGCUUGUUUACCUGCUUCCUUCCUCUCUUUGCCCCUUCUUUAAAGGUCUGCACACAAAACCUGCAACUCUCUUUUUCCUUCCCCCCCAUAUCCCAAGAAGUCUUGAAAUUAUCUUACAUCUCAAAAACAAAGGUUGAGCGAUGAUGUGUAAUGUAAAGGGGUUUUUAAUCGGGCCAACUGAAAAGUAACUGCCAUGAUUCCUCUGGGAAUCUGGUAAUUUCUCCUGUUUUAAGUGGGAAAACUUUGUGCCUCAGCCCUGGAAGAUGAGUGUGUAGUGUCAGUUUGAUGCUACCUUUUGAAAUCCCGCUGAUUGAAAUGAAAUUGCCAUUUGUGCUUUAGUCAGACUUGGAUACUUUUUGUAACAUCAAGUAUCUACUGAAAAUUUGUAGCAGGCUGUGUGCUGGAAGGGUGUUUCUGCUCCUGAGCUCAGGUGUGUCCUUCCAGCAGGGACCAGUCAGUGGGGCUGUGUCAGUCUGGGUGAUACUGAAAAACAGAGAGGGCUGGAGAAGCAGCCCCAGUGCUGGCUCCCUUGCUGCUGCCUGGGCUCUCCCUGUAACACACACGUUAAUUUACCCCCGUUUUUAAGUGGAAAUUGAAAACCUCGUCGCAGCUCAUCCUCCAGAAAUUCCUAAAAAUUCAUUAAAAGCCAGGGGACUCCCAUGCUGGGAGGACAGGGGACUAACACUGACAGAAGGGGUUCCUUUUAACCCCAGUACUGCAUUGAAAGCUAAGGAAGCUUGACUGCUGCCACAAUCUGCAGCUUACAAACUGCAUGUCUGAUGUUAAAAAGAAAUAAAUUUACAUCUCAGUUACUGCCAUGGUUCAAUUUUGCCUUAAAUUCAAUUGGAAUGUGCAGUUUUAGCACCCAGCAGGCCUCGCUCUAGAUCAGUGCACUGGCAGCAGCUUGCUCUGGUUGAUAAAAGCAGGUAUUUAUUUAUUAAUUGUGCCAGAAGCCAGCAGAUCCCUCACGUUCCCCAGUGCCUCUUUCCCCACUGCCUGAGCUGUGCUUGAGGAAUAAAGCAAAAGUGGGUGUUUGUAGCACACAGAGUCCAGCUUUGCUCAGCCUGGCAGAGGCAGCCAGCUGAGCUCUGUGCUGUGCUGGGCCUUUCUGUGGUACAUUCUAGUUCUGGCCAAAAAGGUGUACUUGUUAAACAGUGAAGCAUUCAUUUAAGCAGCCAUGGCACUGUCUGAUCAGGGUUUUGAAUGUAUUUAGGCAUUCCAUGUUCUCUGUGACUGGUGAGGACAGUACAAAGUGUAGAGCUCAGUAGUCUGAUCUUCCAAAUACUCUGAAGUGUUUUGGUGCUUGUUAAACAUAGGCCUUGUCUAUAAAAAGUCUGAAAAAAAUCAUCCUGCUUUAACUUGACUGAGUGAUGAAAGCUAUAUUAGCUUCGACACUUGAGGGAAAUGUUGUAUCAAUAUAAAGGUACUCUUUAUUCCUUUUCCCUGUGGGAAUAUGUUACACCCGUGUCAAUACAGAGGUGGUAUAUCACUCUUUUCACAGUGAGACUUGCAAAUAUUUACUUGUUUUGGAAGAAAAAUUACAUUCCCGGCCAAAAUACUUCCUGACAUUGCAGAAAUUGUGUAAACAAGGCCUUGGUUUAAGGCUGGUCUUGUGACCACAUAUUUUGCUGUAUAUAAUGAUUGUAUUUUUAAAACUCCAAGCUUGUUCUAUUGCAAGAAAGCGUGUCUGGCAUCCCGGUGUCCGUGACUGUAAUGUGUGCUCAGCCCCAGGCCCAAAGCAAUGUGCUUCUGCUCAACACGAUGCUCAGGAUUUGCUGAUCUGAUGGUGCUGGAGCUGAUGUGGAACUGUGGCUGUGGGAUCCUGGUGGUUCUGCUUCUCUCAAAAGAAUGUACAGCAAGUUGUUUGCAAAGGGCAUUUUAA